CGUCGGAGACCCACCACCACUAAUGGACGCUGCAACCGCCGCGACGGCGACCGCGGCGGCGGCGGCGUUGGUCUGGUUCCGGAAGGGCCUGCGGGUGCACGACAACCCGGCGCUGGACGCGGCCCGGCGCAGCGCUGCGCGGGUCUACCCGGUGUUCGUGCUCGACCCGCGGUACCUCCGCCCCGACCCGGCCGCGCCCUCCCCGGGCUCCGCGCACGCCGGGGUCGCGCGCGUCCGCUUCCUCCUCGAGAGCCUCCUCGACCUGGACGCCCGCCUCCGCUGCCUCGGGUCCCGCCUCCUCGUCCUGCGCGCCCGCGACGACGUCUCAGACGCCGUCUGCGCAGCCCUCAAGGACUGGAACAUCGGCAAGCUGUGCUUCGAGUCCGACACCGAGCCGUACGCCCUGGCCCGCGACAAGAGAGUCACGGAUUUUGCUGCUGCGUCGGGGAUCGAGGUGUUCUCUCCUGUCAGCCACACCCUUUUUGACCCAGCUGAAAUCAUAGAGAAGAAUGGGGGCCGGCCACCGUUGACGUACCAAUCGUUUGUGGCCACCGCUGGAGAGCCCCCCAAGCCAGUGAUGGAGGAAUACUCUGUGCUCCCGCCAAUCGGUGAUACCGGAGGAUAUGAGUUGUUGCCUGUGCCCAAAUUGGAGGAGCUUGGGUAUGGUGAUCUCAGCCAGGAGUACAUUCCGCCAUUCCGUGGCGGCGAGACAGAAGCUCUGAAGAGGAUGAGAGAGUCACUCCAGGAUAAGGAGUGGGUUGCCAAGUUUGAGAAACCUAAGGGUGACCCUUCUGCCUUCGUGAAACCCGCAACAACGGUCUUGUCACCUUAUCUGAAAUUCGGUUGCCUGUCGGUGAGGUACUUUUACCACUGCAUUCAAGAUGUCUACAGGAGUGCCAAAACGCAUACAAAACCACCUGUUUCGUUGGCUGGCCAGCUGCUGUGGAGGGAUUUCUUCUACACAGUGUCUCUUGGCACUCCUAAUUUCGAUCAUAUGGAAGGGAACCCAAUAUGCAAACAGAUCCCAUGGAGAGAAAGCGAGGAGCUAUUUGUUGCAUGGAGAGAUGGCCGGACAGGAUAUCCAUGGAUAGAUGCCAUCAUGAUUCAGUUGAGGAAGUGGGGUUGGAUGCAUCAUCUUGCACGCCACUCUGUUGCUUGUUUCCUGACGCGGGGUGAUCUGUAUAUCCACUGGGAGCAAGGCCGUGACGUCUUCGAAAGGCUACUGAUAGAUUCUGACUGGGCGAUUAACAAUGGCAAUUGGCUAUGGCUCUCCUGCUCAUCAUUCUUCUACCAGUAUCAUAGAAUCUACUCCCCAAUAUCAUUCGGAAAGAAGUACGAUCCCAAUGGAGAUUAUAUCAGACAUUUCAUCCCAGUGCUGAAAGACAUGCCCAAGGAGUACAUCUACGAGCCUUGGACUGCACCCCUGAGCGUGCAGGAAAAAGCCAGGUGCAUCGUCGGCAAAGACUACCCAAAACCAGUGGUUGACCAUGAGGCUGCAAGUAAAGGAUGCAGGAGGAGGAUGGGGGAAGCUUAUGCGUCUAAUCGCCUAGGCGGUAGCACUGUCAAAGGAAAUUCCUCGAAUUCAUCGCGAAGGAAGUUGUGUCAUGGGGGCCAAGAUGUCCCCGAUUCAUCCAAGUCCAAGCAACCGAGGAAGAGGAGCUGAACCCAGAGUAGAAAAGUCUUAACAAGAAGUAUCUGACCCUUUUUAGGGAACUGUAGUAUCUGACUCUCUUAACUUAAUGGUUCUUAUCAACUCUUCAAUCGUGAGUCUAGCGCUUGAUGACUUAUUAA